UAUAACAGCUUCAACUCAAACGGCCAAUAAUACAUCUUCUCCUUAAACUGUGCAAAAAUUAUAAACUGAAAAAUAUAGCAAAAGCAAUUGAAAAGCAUGUCAAACAUUUUUAUUGUAAAAUAAAACAGUUUGUGUUCAGAUAAAUUGUUUCGUCAUUAUUAUAGAGAAUACGUAUUUGUUGUUAUGGCUACACAAAAACAUCGAAGACAUUCAUUGUUUUUGUUGACACAUCAAAAUAAACCACAUGCAUUCAAGUAGAAUUUAUCCAUAGACAAUUUUUUUUCGCUAGAUGGCAUUGAUUUAAAGUCACGCAUACACAAAGGAAGCUACACAAAAACAUCGAAGACAUUCAUUGUUUUUGUUGACACAUCAAAAUAAACUACAUGCAUUUAAGUAGAAUUUAUCCAUAGACAAUUUUUUUUCGCUUAAAAAAAUUCAUUUCUAGCAUUUGUGAAUUCACUCUGGGAAAUUAGAAAGGAUUUGAGGAGAUCGGGUGACACAGAACAGGAUUCUGUAUUUAAUUUAGACAGAAAAAAAAUUACUCUUCCUGCUAUGCAUCGACGAAUUUCACCAAAUUUUACAUAUAUAAGUUCCUGCGUCAAAUAUAUGAUAUUCUUGUUGAAUUUUAUAUUUUGGCUAUUUGGAGGCCUGAUGAUUUCAAUCGGUUUCUAUGCAUUUUAUGAAAAAUAUCAGGCGACGGGCUGGGUUAAAGUGGAGACAAUCUAUGAUAUCGUGCUAAAUAUUUCACUGGUAAUGGUUAUUGCCGGGGUAGUUGUGUUUGUGGUCAGUUUUGCUGGAUGUUUGGGCGCCCUCCGUGAAAAUACAUGCCUAUUGAAGUUUUAUUCGAUGUGCUUGCUACUGGUGUUUCUACUUGAAAUGGCUGUAGCAAUAGUUGGAUUUGUAUUUCCACACAAUAUGAAUACAUUUUUGGAGGAUUCACUCACAGAAAAGGUAAUACAUUUAUACCGAGAUGACCCAGAUAUGCAGAACUUUAUUGAUUAUGCUCAGCAAGAAUUCAAAUGCUGUGGUUUAAGUAAUGCAGGUUAUAUGGACUGGGGCAAGAAUGAAUACUUUAAUUGCUCAUCCCCGAGUGUUGAACGAGGUGGCGUCCCGUACUCUUGUUGCAUCAAUGCCUCUGAUAUUUCUUCUGGACUAGUGAAUAUCAUGUGUGGUUACGGCGUUCAACAGGAAUCGGUAGCAUCUGCUAGCAAAAAGAUUUGGACAAAUGGGUGCAUUGAAAUUAUUCGUGUGUGGGCUGAACGAAAUCUUUAUACUAUAGCUGGUAUUGCACUGGGAGCUGCAUUGAGCCAAUUGUUUGUGAUUUAUCUUGCAAAGACACUCGAAGGUCAAAUUGACUUACAAAAAAGUCGUUGGUCUUCGUGAGCUUAUAUCGGAUGGGAUGGCGGUCAUUCUUUCUGAAAUGUCUAUGGUCAUCGGUGAAAUCAUUAGAAAUUGGUAAUUUUUUCUUUUACCAUAUUGGCCGACACAUUGUGGUUAUAUCGUUCGAAAAUAAAUCAAACGUUAAUCGAUCUAUUCUCCAAAUUGAAGUAGAAUGAAAAGUGAUCAACAUUUUCAUGUGACAUGCACCAUGUCCAAUAUUAUUAGUAAAUUUUUUGUUUUUCAUUCAAAUUUGCAUUUUUUUUUUAAAUAAACAAACUUGAAAAAGA